AUGGCCCAAGGAGAGUUGUGGUCUACACUAGUCACUGCAAUCGACCCAGGAAAUAUCAGAGCUAUGCCGGCCGUCCUUCAGUCAACUAUCGAUCUCUUAGAGACAGAACUGGCCAAGGCCAGGGCCGCGCUCAAAGAAAUUCAACCUGAUACUGCACCCAUCUUGAUACCCGGGGAUGAGCUUGCCGUUGGGGCGAUUGCGGCUUAUCGCCAAAAUCUCAUUACACGAGCCUCAGACUUUUACUAUGGCUCCCGCCGCCUAUCUCCCAAGGAGGUGGGACUAGUCCCUGUCAUCCAGGAGCUACAGUCAGAUGAAGAAGAGGAUGAGGAGUCACGGCCAAAGCCCGAAGGUAUUAUUCUUGCGGCGCAUCCCAAGCAAGUUUCCCUCGUGGAUGUUCUCUCGAACAGCCUGAUUCUCGAUCAUAUGGCUCCAUACCUCUCAGUCCCAACACUGCUUGCCCUAGCCUCAACGUCGCACGUUCUUCGUUCCAUGAUUAUGGAACUCCGUAUAUUUUUCGGCAUCUCGAUCUGA